AUGUCAAUUUUUCAAAAAGCUGCUGAUAAGAUUGAUUCAGUUAAAAAUAAUAUGGCUGAAAGUUUACAAGAUAAGUAUUAUACCAUUUAUCAAGAUAUUUGUAUUCCUCCACCAAGAAGUAUUUACGACUUCUUAUCAACAAAAAAUUUUUCAUCUGGAUUUGGUUUACCUGAUUUUAAAGAUACCAAAAGAUGGAAUAACAGAAUACAAAAAAAUUUACACUAUUAUCAAAUAAAACCACUCUUUUUUGUGAUUGCUGUUAUGGCACCCAUAAUUGUUCCCAAAUAUUAUCCUAUUCCAAAUAAGCAACAUGAAAGUAUUAUAAUGGCAUCUGGACCAAUGAUUGUUGCUGGUAUAAUGUUUGCUACUUUUUCUGGCAUUCUUUAUGGAUUUAUGUGGAAUUUAAUUAUAAUGCUUCUCAUUUUUAUACAUGCAUCAUUAAGACUUCGUAAUAUUGAUAAUAAAAUAUCAAAUACAGUUGGAAAGAUUGCUAGAAGAAGAACUGUUAUGUCUGAAAUUUUGGAUAUUCUUCCAGAUUAUGCACAAACCAAUGAAGAGUAA